AUGACGCUGGUUGUUUGCACACUAUGCCUUGGCGUGGGAUCCGAGUUUCUGCAGAGCUUCCUUCCCAACGACCGUGAUUUUGACCUCUUCGAUAUCGUGGCGAAUAUUGUCGGCAGCUUGGUUGGUUUAGGUUUGUGCUCGUGGUACCACAAGCGCAUGCUGGAGCGUAAGAGGCAAAGAAAAACGUACAAUCCUGUUCCAGGAGAGGACGGCGAAGACGUGGAACUGGGCCAAGGCCAGGAAAGUGGUAUUGUCGAUGCUGGCCCGUCCAGGGUGCGGACAUUGGAGGAAGAGGUGGACAACUGGGAUGAAAAUGCCCCGGAUGACUGGGAUGAGGAAGAUGUGCCGGAAACGUCAGCUCCGCCUCCUGUCAGGAGUAAAGAACCCGACGCAGUUGACAUUGGCGAUGCAAAGGAGCGAACAGACUGA